ACUGUCAUUAAUUGGUCGCUAUGACAACAUGGCGUAAAUAAACAUUCCAAAACAAUUAUAAUUUCUAGAAACAUUUUCAAAUUAUAAUUCUUUUCUAGAAACAUGUCGGAAAAUACGAAAGACAAAAGUGAACAAAGUACAACAGUAUCCAGCCCCGAACCGAAACCGCUGAGUGAGAAAGACAUAAAAAUCAACAAUGAUUUGAAGAAUCGCUUGAGAAAGUACAUCAAGAAAUUAGAUGAAACUAAUACAAGCAUAACAAAAGAAGAGAGUGAGAAAAUAGAAGCAGACACAUUCAGACAACUUUACAAACCAAAACUAGAUGCAGAUGCAGAAUCGUACAGGACAAUACCGAAGUUCUACUACAAACUACCACGAAACGACGAUACGCUUUCACAAAAACUCAGAGAGGAGACAAGAGCCCAAUUCCUACAGAAAAAAAGCAAAGAAUUGCUCGAUAAUUGUGAAUUGAAACAGCUUUGGAGUUUAUUGGAGAAGUCUAAUGGGAGUUACAGCACAGCUAACAAUGAUGAACUUGUUAUAGAUUAUUUUCAAUUUAAAAAGAUUAGAGAUGAAGCUGGGCCUAAAUAUAGACCAUACUUCACAGCAGAAGUAUUCGGAAGGCUGCAGGCCGCUGAGGGCGGUGUGGGCAGGGUUCGUGCUGUAUCCCUGUUCAACUAUGUAAUGAGACGAGUGUGGCUUCAGCAGACCAGGAUCGGCCUGUCUCUGUAUGAUGUUACAGGCCAAGGGUAUCUAACUGAACAUGACCUGGAGAGUUACAUAGCGGAGUUGGUGCCGUCCCUAGCGGCGCUCGAUGGGCUGGACUCUUCCUUCACGUCGUUCUACGUGUGCACCGCUGCAAGGAAGUUCCUGUUCUUCCUGGACCCGCUGCGGAUCGGACGAGUCAGGAUAAGGGAUGUGCUGUCCUGCUCUUUCCUUGAUGAUUUGCUUGAGUUACGCGAGGAAGAUCUCCCAAUGGAGCUGCAGGAACAGAACUGGUUCAGCGCGGCGUCUGCCCUGCGCGUGUACGGACAGUACCUCAACCUGGACAGGGACCACAACGGGAUGCUCAGCAUCAAUGAGCUGGCCGGAUACGGCUCAGGCACGCUCACCCGUGCGUUCCUGCAACGCGUUUUCCAACAAUGCUUGACCUACGACGGCGAGAUGGACUACAAGACCUAUUUAGACCUAGUUCUGGCACUAGAGAACAGGAAACAGCCUGCAGCACUAGCGUACCUGUUCAGAGUGCUGGAUAUCAACUCUGUGGGGUAUUUGGAUGCGUUCACGCUGAAUUAUUUUUUUAAGGCCAUACAGGAACAAAUGAUAGCGCACGGCGCCGAACCGGUUAACUUCGAAGACGUGAAAGACGAGAUCUUCGACAUGGUGAGACCUGAACAUCCAGCUCGCAUCACGCUGAAGGACCUCGUCCGCAGCGGGCACGGGCACACGGCCGUGUCUAUUCUGCUGGAGCUCCACGGAUUCUGGGCGUAUGAGAACAGGGAAGCGUUGGCUGCAGCUGGUGACCACAACUCCUGACACUUGGACUUUACUGCCAAGAGGAAGAUUGAUUGAGCGUCCUCUUGAUUAUUAUAAUAAUAAUAAUAAUAUCAGCCCUGUAUUAUAUACUUGCCCACUGCUGAGCACGGGCCUCCUCUCCUACUGAGAGGGUUUAGGCCUUAGUCCACCACGCUGGCCUAGUACGGAUUGGUAGACUUCACACACCUUCGAAAUUCCUAUAGAGAACUUCUCAGAUGUGCAGGUUUCCUCACGAUGUUUUCCUUCACCGUUAAAGCGAACGAUAAAUUCACAAAGAAUACACACAUGAUUUUAGAAAAGUCAGAGGUGUGUGCCCUUGGGAUUUGAACCUGCGGACAUUCGUCUUGGCAGAGCGUUCCACACCCAACUAGGCUAUCGCCGCUUUUUUUAGUGGUAUAUUAUAUCAAAGACAAAUCAUCGCUUUCAUAUCAAAAUGUACGUUGAAAUUCACUGUUUCAGGAAACACUUUUUUUAUGGUAAUAUAUAAGGAGUAUUUUUUUUUCGGUAAAGGCAUAGUUUGCUGAGUCUAUUCAAUCAUAAUAUCCUUAAAAACUGAUUGUAAUUAUUUAUAUGGUAAUGAAACAUAUGACUGUUUGCAUUUUUUAAUAAAAACCAAACAUACGUUUUGAUAUGACAGCUAUGAAAUUUUAAAACAGCAUUUUAAAAAUUUUGAAAGUCGGUUAUGUCAUUGGCUGUUUCAAAGACGGAAUGUAAAGCGUGUUUUCCUUUUGGUCGUUUCAAAUAUGGGCUCAGAAUGCUCGCAUAUGAUUGGUUACUUGUAUUGCUAAGAGAUAUUGAGUGUAUUCUUGAUGUUUUAGUAUCCGUAUAAACAAAAAAAUAAUUGAAAGAUGUUAAGAGUUAAUAAAAAAAUAAUAUGGCUAUUUCAAGGUCACGAAAUGCUUGCUUCCUUAUUGGCCACUUGAGAAGUAAGUUAAUGAUGCUCGUGUGUGAUUCGCUGUUUCAAAAAUGCGCUAUCAAUUUAGACUUGGUAUCUUUAUAAAUUUAUAUAAUAGUAGAAUAAUUGUGUAGAAUUUAAAAGUAGAGUGAAGUAUAAGGUAAAAAAUAAGCAUUGAGAUAUUAAGUAAGGAAAGGUUUUCGAAAAUUAAACAAUUUUUUGUUAAAACAAUAUAUUUUUAUAACAAUAGCUCGAAGAAACGAUUCCAUCCAAAGUUUAAAGUAAACAAUUGUCGAGUAACAAUAAAAAUAUAAAGUAGAAAGUAAUAUUUAAAAAUAUUUGAUCACUUAAAAUUAUGAUAAAUCAAAAUAAUAUUAGAAAAAUCACGUGAUUCAUUUGUAUAUAGAGUAUAUUUAAAAAUUACUUUAAAAUCUUUUGACUCAUUGUUCCUAUUUUUUAAAAGAAAAAUGUAAAACUGGGUAUUAAAAAUAAAAUAGCACCAAUAUUGUAACAGUAUUGCGAUUGUAUACAAAUAAUAUUGCACCUAAAGCUAUUCAAAAUUUGUGUUUUAACAAUAUUACAAAGAUUACUGACCACAUUUUUAGAGUAUGCAAUAAUGCAGAUAUAAAAACAUUAGAUGUUAUUUUAACAUUUCUUUGUUAACAUAAAAUUAACAUAGCAAUGUCUAUAUUGUACUUAAAGGUAAUAUUAUGCUUUUAAAUCACGUAAAUUGGCAAACAAUUUAAAAUUAAUGAUUGUAACAAUGAAAUUGGGUCACUUAUGACCCGAUGACUGUUUUUAACACGUAACGGGUCAUUAGUGACCCGAAGCUUAUGAUUAUAAUUUAAAACAAUUUUUAAAUAUUGCCAUGAGGAUAUUUAUCUUUGUUCCAUGCUGUUUUACUCAGUUUUAAGCCUGAUAUACUUUAGAACGGAUAUCUAUGUGAAACUGAAUUUGAUGUUUCAACAUUAAGAUAUUUAAAUAUAGCACCAAUUAUAAUUAUGAUUAAAUAUUGGAUUUCUUAA